AAAAUUCGGGGGCUCGCCUCUUACACACAAUCAUCGCGAGAGUUACGGCUGGGGAAAAAAAGAGCAUGGCGGCGUCCUGGGCAAGAAGUGGUCUGAAGUUCUGCAGAAAUUUUGUUAAACCAUGGAGUGUAGAGGUCUGGAAGGGACAGGCUGUGGGAGCAAGGAGAGGCAUAACUCAAGCAUCCACAGAAAGAGCUGGAGUGAAUGGAUUUCUGCAUGCACCACUCCAAACAUUUUGUGAAGAGGAAUCCAUGAUGAAAGAUGCAGUUAAGAAGUUUGCCCAGGAACGCAUUGCUCCAUUAGUGUCAAAAAUGGAUGAGCAGUCUUACAUGGAUGAAUCAGUUAUACAUGGAUUAUUUGAACAAGGGUUAAUGGGCAUUGAAAUUGAUGAACAUUAUGGUGGAACUGGAGCUUCUUUCUUCACAUCAAUUCUUGUGAUCGAAGAGCUGGCUAAGGUUGAUCCAUCAGUUGCCGUCCUGUGUGACAUUCAGAAUACACUCAUCAAUACACUGUUUAGAAAAUGUGGUACUGAAGAACAGAAAAGUUAUUAUCUCCCCAGGCUUGCUACAAACAUGAUAGGCAGUUUUUGUCUUUCAGAAGCAGAAUCUGGAAGUGAUGCCUUUUCUUUGAAAACAAAGGCAGAAAAGCACAAAGAUUAUUACAUCAUCAAUGGGUCCAAGAUGUGGAUAAGUAAUUCUGAGCAAGCCGGAGUCUUUCUUGUCAUGGCCAACGCUAAUGCUUCAGCAGGCUACAGGGGAAUAACUUGCUUUAUUGUGGAUAGAGAUACUGAAGGACUGAGUAUUGGAAAAAAGGAAAACAAACUGGGGCUAAGGGCAUCUUCUACUUGUCCAUUGACCUUUGAUAAUGUUAAGGUGCCUGAGAGCAAUAUCUUAGGGGAAUUAGGCCAAGGCUACAAGUAUGCUAUUGGAAUGCUGAAUGAGGGCAGAAUUGGGAUAGCUGCUCAGAUGCUGGGACUGGCACAGGGCUGUUUUGAUAAUGCAAUUCCAUAUACACAGCAAAGAAUUCAGUUUGGAAAAAGGAUUUUUGACUUUCAGGGUAUGCAGCAUCAGAUCGCCCAUGUUGCUACUCAGAUAGAAGCAGCACGACUUCUAACCUACAAUGCAGCACGUUUAAGUGAAGCUGGAAGACCUUUUAUCAAAGAAGCUUGCAUGGCAAAAUAUUAUGCAUCUGAGGUGGCAACUCUGACGACAUCAAAAUGCAUAGAAUGGAUGGGAGGUGUAGGAUUUACUAAAGAUUAUCCCAUCGAAAAAUUCUAUAGAGACUGUAAAAUAGGUUCAAUAUAUGAAGGAACCUCUAACAUUCAACUUACUACAAUGGCAAAAUUCAUUGACCGUGAAUACCAAGCCUGAGCGUAAUGGAGAGGGGUAGAGGGGUAUUGGACUGUUGCUGUAAACAUCCAUUUGUUAAAAUUGUCUCUGAUCUCUUAAUUCUUGAAGUAAGUUUUUUUUUCUCUCACUCUUUCUCAAAUAAAUUAUGUUUUCCAUUCAUUUCCAUUUUUACACAGUGUUUUACUUGAAAUUUAUAUAGUAAUGUAUAAUAAAUAAUUACUAUUAACCUAUAAUAAAUGGGAAACUACUGUAUACCAUUUCAUAAAUUUUACUAAGCUGAUGUGGGUAUGGUAAUAUAUACUAUCCAUCAAUAGGAUCGUAAACUCUUUAUUGACAUGAACUUUGCUAUGGGUAUAACUAAUCCUGCUACUGUGUAUAAUUUGACCAUGUCUGAAGUUAAGUUGUUUAGUAGGUUACUGUAAAUAAUUAAUUUAUAGAGGUUCUUCUAUGGCUUUGAAAAGAUGGGUGUUAAAAGUAGCUGUAAAGCACAAUGUUACAGAUCAACAAUGUUUUUUGUAUUGUACAUUGCUGUCUAUGUCUUUGUACAUGAUGCAGCUGAACCGGUUUUAGGGUGGCUACAGCAUAUUAAAUGGUAGAGGAA